GACGGCAACUCCCUUAAGGUAUGUCUCCCUGGCCGGAUGACAUGCACCUGCAACAAGACGUUCCAGCACUCCUCUUAACUCCUUAGCAGAGCUUCCAAUAUGUUUGGGACAAACUAGCCUUUCUUUUCUUUUUGCUUUUUUAACUCCGUCGCACUAAAAGCAACAGAAGACCUGCGUCCACUCCGUGUCGGCGCAGCAGAGCAGAUGGAACAAGUAACCAACCGGUCAGAAGUGGGCAGUGAUGAUAUUACAGAUGACUCGGCAUAUAUGUUGGAUGUCAGGUGCAGCUCUGAUGAUGAAGAGAGCUCCGACCCUCAGGGACAGUGUCUCGCUGCACCUCAGGCUCCUCUGCCGACCUACAAACAGAGGUUUGAUGAAUUUAAGAAGUUGUUCAAAGAGCUGCCGGAGUCAGAGAGACUCAUAGUGGACUACACGUGUGCCCUCCAGCGGGACAUCCUCCUUCAGGGACGCCUCUACCUCGCAGAGAACUGGCUCUGUUUCUACAGCAAUGUGUUUCGGGGUACGAAGAUUACACUGACUCUUAAAGACAUCACGGCGAUGACCAGAGAGAAAACCGCUCGUCUGAUUCCCAAUGCCAUCCAGAUCUGCACGGACACAGAGAAGUUCUUCUUCACAUCCUUCUCUGCAAGAGAGAAAAGUUACCAGGGUGUUUUCCGCAUGUGGCAAAACACACUGCUGGACAAGCCUCUAACCAGCUUGGAGUUGUGGCAGGUGGUUAAACAGCAUUAUGGGAAUGACCUGGGCCUGAGCCAUGAGGAGAUGGACAGCUUACAAUUAUCAGCAGAAUCAAUUAUGCAGACCAGCCUGACAGUGAGGCCCGGUGGUGAUGAGGGUAUAGGGAGGCUCGAACGCCCCUCUUCCCUUCGCCUCCCUAGGAUGGAGCAAGAGCCAUUAGAGACUUCGACUCCUCAAGGGGAGGACUUGCCUUCUCUUCUCAGCUCACAGAACUCUCCCAACGUGGAAGACGCUCGCAGCAGCCCGUCUCAGCGGCGCAGCCCUGCUCCCUUGCUGGACCGCUUCGCCCCAGAUCGGGUUUCCAAGCGCUCGUCGCUUUCUCUUGACCUCAACGCCAACGAGAACGAGGUGUCUGAGCUGAGCGGUUCAGAAAGCAUCGAGGACGUGGUUUCGUCCCAGGUGCAGGGUCGACUUUUUCUGAACAAGGUGUUCCACAUCAGCGCCAACAAGAUGUUUGAGCUGCUGUUUACCGACUCCAGCUUCAUCCGCAGGUUCAUGAACGUCAGGAAGACAACCAACGCCAGCUCUACUGCUUGGCAAAAAGACGCUUCGGGACACAUGAAGCGGAAUCUGAACUACACAAUAACCAUCAGCAACCCUCUGAUUGGAAAGUUCUCCACCGCUACAGAGAACCAGACGCUGUACAAAGAAUCCAGGGAUGGUCAGUAUUACCUCUUGGACUCCGAGGUGUACACUCACGACGUUCCCUAUCACGAUUACUUCUACACUCAAAAUCGGUACUACAUCAUAAGCAACUCGACGCGGAAGUGUCGGCUAAGAGUCUAUACCGAUGUGAAAUACAAGAAGCAGCCAUGGGGCCUGGUCAAGUCCUUUAUCACCAAGAACUCCUGGAGCGGCAUAGAAGAUUAUUUCCGACAGCUGGAGGCGGAACUGCUGGAGGAGGAAGCUGAGAUGAAUCAAGGAGGCGGAGACUCUGGGAAGAUGGCUGGGCUUCGGAGGAGGAGGCGGACUUAUAGCCGGACUCUGCCAGAGCACAUGAAGCCCAACAAGCAGUACGGGCAAGACCCCGAACAGCACAGAGAUGGCAACAUGGGCCCCAUAGAAAUAAACAACCUGCACAGAUGGAACACCACGGCAAUAGUUGCUGGGAUGAGUGUGAUUUUGCUGAUUCUGACGAUGAUGAAUCUGGGUCUGUUUUUCAAAUUGUGGGCCAUGGAGGACGUAGCUCACCGCAUGUACCUGAACACAAAGCAUCGGCUGAGGGAGCGGAGUGAGGCCAGGUUGGCCUCUGAAUAUGGGCCCAGGCAGGGACCAGGGUUUCAGACCAGAGAGGAUGCACUGCUGCUAAAAACUGUGCUGCAGGACUCCAUCAACCUUUUAGAACAGCUCCGCAGCUCUCUGGUGGUGCUGCACCAGAACUUUGCUUUGGCCAAUCGCACAGCAGCACCUCAGUGAUGCUCCACACCCGGCGACUACAGAGCGUCCCCGGCCCUGUGGAGGAUGAAUGAGGACUGUAUAAGUGAGCUGCCUCUGAGGAAAUCUCUCGCACCCAGUGAUGUUGCCAUGUAGACAUCCCCAGACCCCUUGACAUGUGUUGCCAGGCGUUACACGUCCCAAAGCCUGUGGCGGGGCAUCAAGUUCCAGGCUUAAAGCUGUGGACCGACUGCUGCAUGGAUAAAGUUGCAUCACCGCACAUGGAGCAGCAGGUUUAGAGUUCUGCAGGGUGCUACUGUCGGCUCCCUUGGCUGGCUUCUUUUUUUUCCUUAAAUAAUGGCUUUGGAUUUCAGAUAACGCCUUCUUGAUGUGCCUUCCUAUGUUCCGACGAGCCUUGUGCAACACCAAGUGAGCUAUUGUAAAAACUUUGUGUUUCGUUUUAUUCCAGAAAAGUGAAUUAAUAUUCUCUAUUUACAUUUUUGCACAUAUUUAAUUUUGUUUUUGCACAAGUGCCUUGUACAUUAGGCCGUGUUUUUAGAUAUCCUUUGAGAUUUUAAUUGUUUUCAAUAAAUAUCCUAGAAUCGGUGGCUCACUUUGUCCUCUUUUGUAAUCAUGAUGAUUUAUCUUGUUUUGUAAACUUCAGAAGUAAUUGCAAAUAGUAAAAUAAAUAAAUUUUUAUAAAACUGUAUAUGAACCAAAUCUGGUGUACAAAAGAUACUGUUGAUGGUGAAAGAAAAGUAUGGUGUAGUUUGUUUUAAUGUCUUUAAUACUAGGUGUAGGGUCAGCGAUACUAUCUCAGGUUGCUGCAGCGAUGUGCUCUCACACUGUCGACGCUACGUGCAAGUUCGUUCUGUGAUUUCCAAAUUGAAUUGUUAGACACUGCAUGUGCUUUGAGCCUUGUUUGAUGUUUACAGUGUUCCAUUGCUCUUGUCUGUGUGUGUGUGUGUGUGUGUGUGUGUGUGUGUGUGUGUGUGUAUAAUUGGGUCCUUCUGAAAGGGGACACCUGUUUUUAAAAUGGCAUUGUACAUUUUUAGCCAUAAUGAAAUUCACUGUUUUUAAUAAACACGAUUUCUUUGCCAGAAUCAUUA